AUGUCAUAUAUGAUCAAUUCAGCUAAACAAAAAAGGAAUGAAGAUGAAAUUAUUAAUUUCAUCAGUAAUAGUUCAUUAAAGGAUAGAUCUUUAUUGUUAUUAUAUAUUUCAAAAUUAUCAUCAAAUGGUUUAUAUAUUCCAAGUAUUAGUUCAUUAAUUAAUUUUUGUGAAGAAAUAAUAAUUUUAAAAGAUACAAUUGAAACUCAAAAUGAAGAUUUAGUUGCAAAAUGGUAUUGGGCAGAUGAUGAUAUGAAUGGACAUCAAACAGAUUAUAAACCAUAUAGUUUUGAAACUUGUAAAAGAUUAGAAAAAGCAAGAAAGAAUAAAAUUGAAUAUUGUAGAAUUAGUGAUGUCCAUUUCGUUGAUACAGUUUCACUCGCACAAAUUAGAUAUGAUGAUAAAGGUAGAGUUAGACUUGUUAGAAGAGAUCCACCAAAAUAUAAAGAAAAUGAAAUUUUACCACAACAACAACAACAACCAAUCACAACUGAAAAUAAUAAUAAUAAUGAUAAUGACAAUAAUAAAGAUGAUGAAUUUGUUCAAUGGUAUUGGGCAGAUGAUGGACCAAGAGGACAUCAAGAUGUUUGGGUUAAAUAUAGUGAAGAUUUAUCAAAACUAAUGGAAGCAAGUUAUCAAAAUAACAAUAGAAUCAAUAGUGAAUUAAUUCCAAUUAAAGUUGAUGAAGAACGUUUCGUCGAUACAAAGAGAAUGCUACAAGUUAGAUUUGACUCUAGAUUUAGAGUAAGAUUAGUUAAAAGGGAUACAAAAACAUUGGCACCACCAAAAGGAUCUAGUGGUAGUAGUGCUCCAUCUACUCCAUCAAAAUCAACAAUGGAAAAACUUUUUGGACUCAUGACACUUCAAUCACCAAAGAAAUCAACACCAAAAAAACCAAAUCAAAAAAUACCAUUUGUUGAUACUUCAAUAAAUUUAAAAACAUUGCCAAAUGAUGCUUUAUUAGAUAUUUUAACAAUUGAUGAAAUUAAAUACCUAAUGAAAAAAUUAGUAAUUGCCAUACCAGAUUCAUCCAAAUCAAAUGCAGAUCAAACACCAACAAAUUCAUCUUUAAAAAAAUUUACAAUCUCAACUUUUAAAUCAACUUUUAUUCUUAAUAAUAAUCAAAUAUUAUCAAAAAUUGUAUUAAAAAAAUAA